AUGGAGUCUGAUUCUUGUGAACUAUCAGAAGUUUAUAAUGAGUUUAUAAAAGUAAAAAAACGUGUUGAGGAAAAUAAUUCAUCUUCUUUAAGUCUAAGUCAAAAUGAAAAAUCCAUAGUCAAAUUAAUUGAGCACCGUAUAAAUAAGGUAAUUACACCUACACAUCAUGCAUGCUAUUUACUUGAUCCAAGACACCAAGGAGAAAAUUUAAAAUCUGAAGAAGAAGACAAUGCUAUUGAUUUAAUUAAGUUGAUCUGGAAACAUUUAAAUAAUGUAGACAUGGAGCUUAAUAGUGAACAAGAAAGUAGUAUUAUAUCAGACAUUAUUAAUUUCAAAGCUAGAAGUGGUCCUUUUGAAAGUCGUUCAUCAUGGACAGCAAUUAACUCUAUAAAAAAUAACUUUAUUACAGCAGCAAAUUGGUGGAAAGGUAAUUUUAAAAACAAAAGUGUACUAACUGAUGUUGCUGAAGUACUGCUAACAUUACCAAGCUCUACAGCGUGGUCUGUUUGGGGAAAUAUCCAUUCAAUUAUGGACUACAAUUAUGGAUUAAAAAAAGAUUUUGACCGAUUUUGA